UCGUAUAAAUAGUCCCUUCUUAAUUCUUAUAACAAUAUUAUCCCCCUUUUAUUUGGCUUUGCUCCCAUAAUAAUAAAAUAAAAUAAAAAAAAAUUGCUACGUCAUCAUCAUUGCCUCUCUCAAAUUUAAAGUUUUUCCGAAAAGAAUUGGAAAGAAAAAAGAGUACUGCCAUUGUCGUCAUGAGCUGAAAACCAAAUCAACUGCCACCUAAACUCUCUCUCUUUUCUCUCUCCUUUUUUUUUUUUUUUUUUUUUAAUUGUUUUGCCACCUAAACCCUAACCACCACAACAACCACCUGGUCUCACUGUCGCACCACCACCCCUCCACCUUGAAAUGAUAUAACUUCACCGCCACAACCAUCGUGAAUCUGAAAAACCCGGCUUCCAUUAUCCCUCUCCUAAAAAAAACCCAUGCUCCCAGAAAUGGGAUCUAUUGUCCCAUUUCCAGACCUUAAUCUCGACCCAAACCCCGGUGUCGCCUCCACUUCUACUGGUACCCCAAGCACCGGCGUUCCAACCACCCCUUUCCGCCGUCCGAAGCUCGAAAUCCGGGUCAAAUCUGAACCAAUUGAUGAGCCCAUCUCGGAAAUCCAAACUCCCGAUUUAAUCCCCAGCUCCCCACCUGCAAAUGACUUUGCUUUGGAACCUUCUCCUUCUUCGACUACCGAAGAUUCCAAUGUGUACUCCGAAUUCUGUCGGAUUUCGGAGAUGUUCCGGUCUGCAUUUGCCCAUCAAAUGCAGGGGACUCAACCGCUGGAUUCAAAUUCGGGGGCUAUUGUUGCGGUCCCAGAAGAGGGAAACCAAUUCUCAGCCCUAGCUGUUGCUGCUCCGAACCAGCUCCGCCGACAGAAGCGGUCUAAUGAGCUUGUCCGAGUUACAAACCUCAGUGUGGAAGACCAGAGAUACUUCAGGGAGAUAGUUAGGCGAACUCGAAUGGUAUACGACGCGUUGAGGAUAUUUUCCAUGACAGAGGAAGAGAGGAGAAGCGGUCCUGGAGCAGGAAGGCGAGCUCGUGGUGAUUUACGGGCUGCUACAUUGAUGAGGGAUCGUGGGCUUUGGCUUAAUAGGGAUAAAAGGAUUGUUGGCUCUAUUCCUGGAGUGUUCAUUGGAGACUUGUUCUACUUUCGAAUGGAGCUUUGUGUUGUUGGUUUACAUGGGCAGUCUCAAGCUGGAAUUGAUUACUUGCCUUCAAGCCAAAGUUCGAAUGGUGAACCAAUUGCCACUAGUAUUAUUGUGUCCGGCGGAUAUGAAGAUGAUGAAGAUGCUGGUGAUGUGUUGAUUUAUACGGGGCAUGGCGGACUUGAUAAGCUUCACAGGAUGUGCAACCACCAGAAGCUUGAAGGAGGUAAUUUGGCUUUAGAAAGAAGUAUGCAUUAUGGUAUUGAAAUUAGAGUGAUUAGGGGUCUUAAAUAUGAAGGUAGUCUAACUACUAAAAUUUAUGUUUAUGAUGGUUUAUAUAGAGUUGUUGAGACUUGGUUUGAUGUGGGGAGAUCUGGUUUUGGUGUGUAUAAGUUUAAACUUAUAAGAAUUGAGGGUCAACCUGAAAUGGGUAGUACCCUAUUGAAACUCGCUCAAAGCUUGAGGACUAGGGCACUGCAGGUUAGGCCUGUGGGGUAUCUUAGUCUUGACCUUUCGAUGAAGAAGGAGAGAGUGCCCAUUUUUGUUUUUAAUGAUAUUGACGCUGAUAAUGAUCCGUUGUACUAUGACUACCUUCCGAGGACGAUUUUCCCUCAUUUUGUAUAUGCGGGUGGAAAUAUGGGGUGCAACUGUGUCACUAGUUGUCAUGAUGGGUGUUUGUGUGCGAUGAAGAAUGGAGGGGAGAUUGCUUACGAUCAUAAUGGUUUUUUGUUGAGAGGUAAACCUCUAGUAUUUGAAUGUAGCAGCCACUGUGGUUGUCCUCCUAGUUGCCGGAAUCGUGUAAGCCAGAAAGGACUUAAGACUAAGUUGGAAGUGUUUAGGUCCAGGGAAACCGGUUGGGGAGUUCGGACAUUGGACUUGAUACACGCUGGUGCAUUUAUAUGUGAAUAUGCUGGGGUUGUUCUUACAAGGGAGCAGGCUCAAGUUUUCACCAUGAAUGGCGACAGUCUUAUAUAUCCUGGCCGGUUUACAGAAAAGUGGGCUGAAUGGGGGGAUUUAACUCAAAUAUAUCCUGAUUAUGUGAAACCAACAUAUCCCUCUAUUCCUCCAUUGGAUUUUGCCAUGGAUGUUUCAAGGAUGAGAAAUGUUGCUUGUUACAUAAGUCAUAGUAUUAGUCCCAACGUGAUGGUGCAAUUGGUGCUCUAUGAUCAUAACAACAUUUUGUUUCCUCAUCUUAUGUUGUUUGCAAUGGAGAACAUCCCACCAAUGCGGGAACUUAGCCUUGAUUAUGGGGUUGCUGAUGAAUACACUGGAAAGCUCUCUAUCUGCAACUAGAAUAGUUUUUUUUAUCAACUAUCAUAUCCUUGGAUGUGUUGCAGUGAAGUGCGUUGGAAGUAUGACGCGUUAAGAUCUAGCUUGGUUUUUAGGGAUUUCAAAUCAUACAAUUUUGUUCAAAUCAUGGGGCAGUCGUCUUUUGCAAUAGAAGAUGGAAGACUUGACAUGCCAUUGGGUUCAUCAAGGUGAUAAGUUUGUUCUGCAACGGUGUAUACCAAUUUUUUUUAAUUUGUUUUGGAUGUUGUGGAGAUGCCAAAACCAGUGAUGGAAUUUUGGACGGUGGAUGAAAAUGGAGCUUCAGCAAAUUAUAAUUACAGUGCAGCAUGGUCCCUCGAGGGAGGGAGACUGUCGCUUUUUGCUGCAGCACAGUUCUCGAGGUAGUUAAAAUGUUAUUAGGCUGAUGAUAUGAAGGAUUGUAAUUCGUGUUCGACUGUAUAUAUAAUGUUGAAAUUUCAUGAGUUUGUACAGUUAGUAAUUAUAUGUAUGCGACUAUCCAUGGAAGGAGGGUAGGUGGGUUGGAUUAAUCCCCUGCUUUAGACUAGAAUGGCUCCAUUUAGUAUGUCAUCAGAUAGGCAGAGUGUUGUAAUUUCUGGGAGUUAUGUCUACUUUGUUGGAAAAAUAUAUAGCCCUUCUUUUGUCGUGCCGAGUUGUCGUAUAUAUAUAUAAUACGUCAGCAUAAAGGAUGAUAAUGUAACCAUCUCGUUCAGCAUAAAAGGAUUUGUUUUCCUCUA